AUGUCGACUCAGGGUAGCAAAAAUGUUGCGGGAGCGUUGAUUUUCUUCGCCUACAUUGUUGCGGGGCUCGUACUGACGGGGGUGAUAUGUCGGGACUUGAUCAUCAUGUACGACUGCUUCUCGAGGCAGAAAAGGAAGGACGUCCAAGCCUCCAGGAGGGACAGCGGACGAACAAAACGCGGCACACAGUCUCGGGUCUCGAUUCUUGCAGCUCUUUCGGCCCUCAGCUUCGCCGUUCUAUCUUACCACAUGUUGAACUUCCUCAUUCAGUCAUAUCAGUCGUGGGCUCCCUCAGAAUCCCUAAGCGAUGUCACCUUUUCGAAGAUCUGGAAAUGGUCGAUCGAGUCGCGGCUCUUUCGAGAUUUUGCGGAAUCCAUCAUCAACGAUCCUUAUCGGUUCUGGUGGACGAACGUGGCUUUGGCUUAUUCUCUCGGGUGGAAUGUAUACAUGACCAUCGAAGGCUUCCGUAACAGUUUCCCCCAUCUUUGGGCAUAUUUCUUGUUGGAUCAGAUCCUGCCCGUGUCGUUCACGCAAAAUAUGUUUCUCCUUGCCGUCCACCUCCAGGAUGAUAAGAAACAUGCAGAGAUGAGAGCGCUGGACCCUCCUUCAGCAGUGAUGCAAGUGCUGCUGGUAUGCACAUAUUUCGCUGUCCUCGCAACUGCUUCUAUCACGGUGGGGUCCGGCUGGUUCAUCUGGGUCCUCCUAGCCACGAGGGCGCUCCUUUUUGCCCCCUUUCUCGUUCUCCGACCACGAAUCGUACGCUCGGGAGCUAGUAUCCAGCACCAGGAUGUCUCCUCCUCAGCGAACCAUGUCCCGCGACACCAAGCCAAGUGGGCGCUGGCAGUGAUUUCCGGGUAUAUGGCGCUGCAGCUCGCACAAGGGUUUCUUACCCUGCCGUCCUCGAUCACCGCCGUCUUAUCCGUCUUGCACGACAACCCAGCGGUAAGCACACUGGGAUAUGACCUCCUUAUUGGUAUCUCCAGCCUCAGCAUCUCCGGGCUCAGUGGUUAUCAAUAA